GGAGCAGCCGCGCGCAAUUCCUUAUCGGUUUAUCGUUGCUGUCGAGAGGCCCACUAAUUAUUCCCGCUCGAAGGAAACCUGUAGAACCCCAUCAAAAUGUUUGGAGCCUGUAUUCUAGACCGAGAGACGAAAAGAAACAGGCAUAGGUGCGACUUGCUUGUCGAAGUAGCUUCUCAAUUGGCCUUUCAUGGGGCCGAGAUGAGCAGUCUCGGCGUCCUAGGCUUGGCUGCCGAGUCCGCGCUUGUUCUUUUCUCUUUCUCUAAGCAUGCCCAGUAUGGCUCAGCGCACGCCUUGAUAAUGACGAUGCGCCCGCCAAAUUUUGUCGGGAGAACCCAACAGCUAUGUCUUGCUUCUCUUGAGAGAAGGACACCGCGUUGUCGAGAGACGGUUUCCUCCCGCCGGUGCUUCCAUACCUCGCCGCGCCGGCUGCGCUCGUUCCAAGUAUUGGCCUCGCGCAAGCUUAACACCUGCCCGCGGACUUCGAUGUUGUCUUCCUCGUUUGCCGCUCUGGCCGAUGGAGAUGCCAACUUAGAUGUUCCUCCGCUGCCGUCCAUGUCCGAGCAUGUGCGUGGGCUGAUGCGCCUGCUCGCGCACUCGGUGGUCGCCUGCACGUCGACAUUUCCCGGGUCCGGAACGGAGCCGCCAGCGCCGCGCGCCAUGACCAUGUCGUCGUUCACUUCGCUGGCUCUGAGCCCGACCCCGGUAGUGAGCUUCAACAUCUCGACGCCGAGCCGGACGUUCGACGCCGUCGAGGCAAGCCGUCGAUUCAAUAUUCAUGUUCUCGCCGACGAUGCCUCGGGCGCGAGGGUCGCUGACUGGCUAGCACGGGGCAACGCCGGCGGCCUACACGUCUUUGAGAAGUUGGCGGAGGAAUGCCAGUGCCAGGUGGCGAUACAAGAGCAAGAGGGUGCUGACGACCCGCCCGUUCUCCGCGGCCCAGGUGUUCUCUACGUCCUGCGAUGUAGGCUUCUAGAUCAGCCGUCGCGGGGGCUCGUCAAAGUCCGGGACCAUGUCAUCGUACUGGGCGAGGUACUUGACAUUUUAGAGGGUGAGAGGGCCAAAAGGUCCAAUCGCGGAGACAAGUUUCAAGAUAACGGUUUCGGGCUGCUGUAUGCGGAUAGAACAUACCGACAGCUAGGGAGCUGUAUAAUAGCAAGGGAGGAGGCCGCUGUCCAUACCCAUUCAAAGGGGUGA